GUGUAAGCUGGCUUGCACGAAGAAUAUUGAAUAUUGGAACCACUAAUGAUUCAAAGCCAUGCGUUGCAGCGUUUUGUUCCCGCGAAUAUCUAAGUGUUUUUCUACUUUUCGCUUACUGCCAAAUUUUAGAAGUAUACAUUCCCAGUAUGGAAUUAACUUGUCAGCAGAUAAACCUACAUCAUAUCCAAUAUCUGAUGCGGAAUAUGAGCGUGUUUCAAAUAAAGCUUUGGAAUCCCUUGCAGAUACCUUCGAUCGUCUCCCAGAAAUAUAUUCUCUGAGUACCGAUUAUGACGUAGAAUACGCGUACGGUGUACUUAAAGUCACUUUUGGACCUCAAGUUGGAACCUACAUUGUUAAUCGUCAGGCUCCAAAUAAGCAACUGUGGCUUUCAUCUCCAAGAAGUGGCCCCAGACGUUAUGAUUACAUAUCAUCUAAAGACAUUUGGGUGUACAAACAUGAUGGGAAGUCGCUUCAUGAGUUGUUGAGUGAGGAGAUUUCAGAAAUUGUUGGUGAUUCUGUAAACUUUCAUACAUGAAUAUAUGCUUAAAAUGGAGCUAGUUGUUGGGACUCCGAUGCUGUUUUUGAAUAUUUUAUGUUUAUUGACUUUCUCCAAAAGAGAUAAGUGUAAAUCUCAGCACAGGGUUUAAUUUAUUUUGAAUAUUUAGGGGUUAUUGCACAAUAAUCUGUAUAAAAGUAAUUCAUCAAUUAUGAUCCAUUGAACCGGUUUCAGAAUGUUUCUUGUACCGUCUCUUUGACUUCAUACCUGCAGUCGUGCUUUUACUCAGUCGGUAAAUACAUCGACCUCUUAUUUUUAAGAUUGAUAAAUAUAUGGUAAUUACUGCC